AAAAAAACUAAGAAAGAGCCUUUAAUUUACCAGUUAAUCAUUUUCACUAUACUUAAUUUUAUGCUAACAAUUUAACCUUGAACAAUCAGUAAUCAAGAAAAUAGCAAACUAAAUUAACUUUACAAGAGUUAAAUUUAAAUUUUUUUACCUUUUAACCACUUGAAUUGAAACUAUUAAAUAAGAUGUUGAUUAAAUAAUAAUAAUGAAGGUAAAUUUAUAUAAUAAUCAAGGGAAAUUGUCGAAGGAUUUAAAUCACGAUAAUCAGGGUUGAUGAUAGAAUUUAAUUCGCAAUCAAACAUCCUUGUCCAUUAACAAUUUAACUCUCAAUCGAUCAACAAUUAACUUUCUUAUGUGUUUUACUUUACUAUUCAUUUUCACCAUAAUCUCAAUAGUUUUUCAAUCACUUAAUCAACGAUUAUAAAUUGUUGACAAUCAAAAUGUUUUAUAUUUUGUGAAUCAAAUUGUUUCUUGUGCAAUUAAAUUAAACGAUUUGUUAUUAUUUUUGUUUUUCACGUUAAAUUAUUUUCCUAAUUGUUUGCUCAAUUAUGAAUCUAAUUGUGUUGUUAUUUUGUUCACUGUUCACAAUUAACUGUUAUUGUCCUUUAUUGGUCAAUGGAAAUGAUUUAAUUACAAACAAUACAAUUGAUAGUCAAUUGAAUAAUCAAUCAAACACUGAUUAUAUUGAUUCUUGGUUAAUGUUUGAAAAAUUUUCUCACCAUUGGAUAACCAAUUUAGUUUCAACAAUUGACAAGCCACUUAAUUUUAUUUUAAUUGCUACAAAUGUUACUAAUCAAUGUUCAUCAUCAAUUACUGGAUAUAUUGAUGAUUUGAAACAAUUUAAAACCCAAGCUUUACAAAGAUUGGAUUCAACGGGAACUCGACCUGUCGCUCUGAUGAGCGGAUCGUUUUUCUCCUAUGGGUCUUAUGAACAAUGUCUUUCGAUGGACACAAGUCAAUAUUGUCUUUUAUCGAUGAGUUUGGGUGUACCAAAAUCACGCAAGUACGAAGGUCAUUUAAGAAAAUUGGAUGACCAUCAGAUUAAUUUCACUACUGACCCGUUUAAAGAGUAUGUAGUUGACUAUUUACACUUUCAUCAUAUCGUCAAUUACACUUAUGGAUUAUGUUUACCUCGAGGUUGUUUAUCGGGUGAAGUUGAAAGAGUAACAAAUUCAUUGGCAGAUUAUCAUCAAACUGGAUUAACGAUUGAUGUUCAAUAUUGUGAUGUUAAAAAUGAUCCACCAAAUUUACCAAUUCACGUUUACGUGGGACUAUUUAUCGUUGUGACAGUUGUUAUACUCAAUUUACUUGGUACACUGACCAGUCUUUCAUUUUUAUCCGAUUUUAAUGUUUCCGUCAAUUAUGAUAAACUUAUCGCCAAAUCGGGUGAAAGUGAUUCGGUUAAUUCAUUAUCUUGUCUCCACGGGAUUAAGGCCAUUUCCAUGUUUAUGAUUGUUAUUUCUCAUGCACUAUUGGCUACGGUUGAUGUUAAUACAGCUCGAUUGUUCCAGUCGAUUACAAUUCUUCCCAGUCUUGGCUUUAUGCCCGCUUACUUUUUCCCGCUGGCGGUAGACACUUUUUUCAUGGUAACCGGACUGAGUAUGUCACUUUUUAUUCAGAAAAGGAAACGGGUGACAAUGUUUGCCGUUCUAUUGGGUCGAUAUUUAAGAUUUUUACCAUCAAUCAUUUGGGCCAUUUCUUGGGCUUUUCUGCUUAUGAAUGAAGCGGUAAAAAAUCAACUUGGUGGACCAAAUUGGUUCCAUCCAAGAGCGACCAAUAUGGAUAAAUGUGUCAACAAUUGGCUUCCAAAUGUCCUUCUCAUUCAAAUGUGGUUAGAUUGGAAACCCGAACCCGCUGGAUCACAUGGAUGUUUAGUCACUGAUUGGUAUCUGACCGUUGAUUUAAUUUGCACGCUCUUUUUGGUCAUUGUUUGGAUUCCAAUCUCAGUUGGUCAUCGUCGUCAAGCACUUUUCUGUACUUGGCUUUUGAUAAUCCUUGGUAUCGCAUUCUCGGGCUUUAGUCUUUACAUUUUUGACCUGCGACACUUUUGGCGAAUCAGUGAUUUUCUCAAUGAAGAUUCAAUUUUGUACAAUUUCCGUUUCCAUUUGAAACCAAUCGCUCACAUGGCUCCAUAUUUCAUUGGAGUACUUCUUGGAUUUUACUUGAAAGAAACAGGGAAAAAGUUAUCACAGGUCAAGGUUAACAUUGGUUGGGGUCUUUGGUCAAUCGGUUGGAUUGUUCACCUUUUCUUUUUCAAUUACAACGAUUAUGAUUCGAAAAUUUUCUGGUGGUCAUCGCUUGUCUAUGGAAGUAUCUCGAAAAGCUUGUGGAGCGCAAUGGUCGCUUGGUUGAUCUACACAAUUCGAGAAGGUCACGCAUACAAUAUCAUCGGUCGAAUACUCGCUUCUCGAGUUCUUUUAAUCGCUUCUCGAAUGAGUCUUUCAAUCCUUUGUUUGAACAUAAUCUUUUUCAGAUUUCGAAAUGGUAUCUCAACAGUUCCAAUGGAAACAUCGGUCUUUAAAUUCAUGUUUCUUGAUCAAUUUCCUUAUUUCUUCCUAAUUUAUUUCAUCUCCUUUAUAUCACGAAUUCUGGUUGAAAGUCCUUUCUCCAAUUUGGUUGGUAAAUUGUUCGCUUCAGGUAAACCAAGAAACAAUCUUCCCGAUCCAAGUAUUGAAAUUUCAAAACAUCGAACCAUAAAAAAUGAAACAUCAACAGAAUCAUCAGCAACUCAAAUGUCUGAAGCAUAAAUUGUGUUACAAUUAAAUAUUAUAUAAAUAUACAUGUACGAAUAUAUUGUUAUUAUUAAGAGAAAAGAGAAUUUUUUUUCCAUUUUUACAAUUAAACCAAUAAAGAGAAAAAUAAAACAAGUUUA